AUGACGACAAUAAUGGUCCCGGGAAUGAUCCCAGCUGGUUGCUUACCUCAACCUUUGAGUUUCAAUAGAGAUCACCCUUCAAUAGCAGGAUGCAUUGGAUGGUUGAAUGAGCUUAUGAUCCACCACAAUGAUAUGCUUCGAAAGGAGUUGAAUAGAAUUCGAGAUCACCAUCCUCAUGCAUCUAUAAUCUAUGCAGAUUAUUACAAUUCCACCGUGCAACUCUAUCAUUCGGCACAAGAAUAUGGUUUCAAUGGGAAAAACUUCGUAGCCUGUUGUGGAGGUGGAGGCCCUUACAAUUAUAACUUUACAGCUGAAUGUGGCGAUCCAUUGACAACUUCUUGUCCAUAUCCUUCGGUGUUUGUGAACUGGGAUGGGAAUCAUUUCACCGAAGCUGCAAAUAGAUGGAUGACCAGGGCAAUUUUAGAAGGACGAUACACCUUUCCUCAAAUUAACACCUCCUGCAUUAGCUCGGUAGAUGGAGAUGAUGGAACACACCUUAGCUCUGGCUAG